CUGCAGACAUGUCGGUGAUAAUCAGACAUGACCUCAGUCCCUCUGAGAUAAAUUUCAUUAAGGAAAGCCAAACAAAAAUACAGGAUGCACUGAAAAUACAUGACAUUCACUGUCCUGAGAACAAUGUUCCUCGUGUGGCACUGUUGGGUUCUGGGGGUGGCCAAAGGGCCCACAUCGGCUUCCUUGGUGUUAUACGGCAGUUGGGAAAAGAAGAUCUCCUAGACUGCAUGCUCUAUGUGGCCGGAGUCUCUGGAUCCACGUGGUGCAUGUCCUCAUUGUAUCAAGACCCACAGUGGACACAGAAUGCAGAGGAGGCUGCAAAUAAAGCACUUUUGAGCAUGUCUGAGGGGAAGGGGGUCACAUUCCAUGAUGGCGUCAAGUGGAUGAGGCAGAGAUAUGCGGAAGGAGAUUUUUCCCUCUCUGAUGUGUGGGGGGUGGUGACUUGCUGGAUAAAGGGUGUAUCUCUGGAGUGUCAACCUCUACACAAAGAUGGAGAUGUAGCCAGUCCAUACCCACUCUACAGUGCCAUUGAAAAGCAAAUCUUUCACAAGAACCAGCAAAAAGAAAUGUGGUUUGAGUUCAGCCCCCAUGAGGUUGGCUUCCUAGAGCCUGGAGCUUAUGUGAAUACAUCACUGCUGAAGAAGGACUUUGUGGGAGGGAAAAUGAUUCCUCAGCCUGUGCAAAGGAAGCCAAUGGACAUGGUUCAACUGCAAGGAAUCUGUGGAUCUGCUUUGGCAGAUGUUGGCCAAAUCAAAAAAUAUUUGAAAGACGCUUUCUGGGACUGGAUCAGAUCAAUUAGUCCUGUUUAUCUUACAGAGAUGAAACGUGAAACAAAUCCAGGACAAAUUCUCUAUAUACUGGCUGAUUUGAAGAAGAACUAUGCAAACCCAGAGUGCAGCCUCUCUGAGUUGGAAAGGCUGAAAUGUCUCCUUGGAAAGAGCUGGGCAGAUUUCAGCCCCACACUCAAGCGUGUAGAGCAUCAGAGCUGGAGAGGCAUGACUGACCAAGUGAAAGAGGAACAUGUGGAAAGAAUCCGUGAUGAAUUGGUAGCCUCAGUAGACAAAUGGGGCCAUGGUCAAAUACUUACAGGCAUACCUGGUGGUGAUGAGUUGUGGGUCCUAAGCCAUGUACUGCCAUUGUUCUUUCACUGGGAAUUUGGGACUGUGGCUAAUUUCCUCUACAAAUGUCAAGAUGCUGCCAUACCUAAGGACAUGAUUCAAGAGGAACAGAUGCAUCUGAUAGAUGCAGGACUCUAUCUAAACUCACCAUAUCCAUCAGCUCUGAGAGAAGGCAGAUGCAUAGAUCUCAUCAUAUCCUUUGACUUCAGUGCUGGAGACCCCUUUCUGACACUGAGGGUAGCCAGUAAGUAUGCAGUCAAGAACGGACAUCCCUUCCCUAAAGUGGACUUUACAAAGUUGGACUCUGAAUGCCCAAAGUCCUACUAUGUGUUUGAGGAAAUGGACAAACCAACUGUAAUUCACAUUCCCCUCUUUAACAUAGACAACUGCAAGGAUGAAGCAGCAAUCGAAAAGGAAAGGAAGGAAUACACAACCUUCCAGUCAACCUACCGAGACAAAACAAAGAUCAAUCACUUGGCAGAUUUGGCAGCGGAAAAUGUGACAAUGAACAAAGGAAACAUCCUGAGUAAGAUAAAAAAGGCUGUGAACCGAAGGAAGCAACAGGAAUUGUCAAAUCCGGUUUUGCACCGUAAAGAAUUCAACAUAUGGACCAUGGUCACAGAUUUUUGUUCCUCGUUUUUGGCAAUUUUUACAUGGCUAUUUAACAGCGUUAAGGGGAAUAAACACGCCAAAACAACAUAAUUUGUAUCCUAACUAGUGCAGGGGAAGAGGUUUGUGUACUUUUGCCUUAUUUCCUUGCUAAGUAG